GGUCAGAAGCCAAGGGGUACAAGUGACUUUAUGGUUUUUUCUGAGUUAACUGCAGAAGCCAUAUCCUGAGUGUAUUAAAAAUGUUUGUGGCCAACAGGUAUAAGUAAAACUCUGUUAAAUGCUGAGAUCUAGCGGCAAAAUGAAAAACUACUUUCAGCAUCAGCUGUUUUAGUUAGAGGCCAAGGGGUACAAGCACUUGUAUCCCUUGGCCUCUAACAGGUACAGACAUUUUGUUCAGGAAUGUGUUUUGUUUACUGUAUUGUUCAUUCAGUGUAACCGCAGAGAAUGUCCGAAGACAGUAUUCCAAGUAUUUUUGGAGGUAAGUGUAUAAGUUCAAUUGAUUCUUGAUAGUUUCCAAAAUAUGUGAUUAUUGUUAAUGUAAUAAUUUGCCUCUACAAUUCCUUUAAAAUAUGAAACUUUCCAUUGCAGUUUUUAGGUUAUGUUUCAUUAUUAAAGAGUCAGUGUUUAAGUGUAAUGUUUUUGUUUUAAAACAGUGAUUUAAUAUUUACUACAUACAUAGUUUUAUUUCCAGAUGACAGUGAUAACGAUCCUGACUUCAAUCCGAUCAACGAGGACUCAGGCGAUAGUUCCGAUGAAGGUGGAGUCACAGAACAGGUCCAGAGAACAGAGGGAGAAGAACAGCAGAUGGACGAAGAAGAACCCCCUCCUAAGCGCACCAAGCACCCUGGAAGAAAAAGGACUCGACGAAUUGAGUCAUGGAAAAGGAAAAAAUCUUCUAUACUUCGCAAUUCGGGGCACGAAUACACUGACCGCAAAGGUAAAGUACACCAAAGAAAGGAGCUUAAGCCGUACAACCAUCAAUGUCGUUACAAAUGUAAUGAAAAAAUUGAUGAGGAAAAGAGACAAGAAUUUUUUAACAGUUAUUGGUCUUUGGGAAGCUGGGAACUACAAUCUUCUUAUUUGAACUCGGCUGUUAAUAUAGGGGCGCCUAAUAAAAAGAAAGAUGGUGCAGUGCGUGGGAAAUCCUUUUCUUGUCAAUAUAAUCUAGGAAAUGUCAGAGUUUGUAAAGAGUUCUUUUUAAAGACUCUUGAUUUGUCCAACAAGCGAAUUACUAAUGUUGCUUCUAAGAAACACAUAUCUAAAACAGGUAUUCCACCUCGAGACAAAAGAGGGCGUAAAGUUCCUACCAACAAAAUUGUGCAGGAAAAAACUGACUUGGUCAAGGAGCAUAUUGCAAUGUUUCCAAGAUACUCCAGUCACUAUUCUCGACAUCAAAAUCCGAACAGGAAAUAUCUUGACAGUAACCUUAACAUAAAAAAGAUGUAUGAAUGUUACAAGCUUUUCUGUGAAGAUCGGGGCGUAGAACCUACUACUGUAUCUUAUUACAGACACAUUUUCAACACUUGUUUCAACCUUACUUUCCAUCGACCACACACAGACACUUGCAAUACGUGUGAUAAGUUGCAAAACACCAUCGAACAUGGAGAUAAAGAAGCAAAGGUAGCUGCUACUACAGCUAAAGAAUUUCACCUCCGUCAAGCUGAGAGUGCUAAAACUGAAAUGGAACAUGUGAAAAAGGAGGUAAAAGAUGACCCAACCCAUGUUGCGAUAUGUUUUGACCUCCAAAAAAUGUUGCCAACCCCAAUACUAACUUGUACUAGAAUUUACUACUCUCGUCAACUUUGGACCUAUAAUUUCAACGUCCAUGAUAUCUGUACAGGUAAUGCGUUCAUGUUCAUGUGGCAUGAAGCACAAGCUUCUAGAGGGUGCGAAGAAAUUGUCUCUUGUUUGUUGCAGUAUAUAAAAUCAUUUCCUCCAACUGUAACCCACUUGACAGCUUUUAGCGACAAUUGUGGGGGCCAGAACAAGAGUCACAUCACAGUAAAGUUCUGGCUUCACGUUGUUAAUACAACUAACAUUGAGACCAUUGAUUUGAAGUUUCUGCUUACUGGGCAUUCUUACAACCACUGUGACAGGGACUUUGGGAAGAUUGAAAAUAUAAAGAGGAACACGAAGAGGGGCGUUUAUGUUCCUGACGAUUGGAUGGAGAUUAUUGCCGGAGCAAGUAAAAAGUUCAUGGUAAAAAAGAUGUCAGAUGAAGAUUUUGUUUCCCUGGAAGCCAUUCACAAGUUCUAUGUUAAAUCUGUGAAGGGUAUCAGUAAGAUGCAGUGGUUACAAUUUAGAAAAAAUCAUCCUUGGACUUUGUUCUACAAAACUACUUUCAAUAAAGACUUACCGUUUUCAGAAUAUAGCAUGAUCGCUAAGAACCCAGGAAGGAUUCCGACCCAACUGCCACCUUUGCCUCCAAAAACAAACAAAAAGAAAAUAAAGGCAUCUAAGUACAAGGAUCUUCUUGAUCUGCUGCAAUUUGUACCUCCGGUUCACCACAAAUUUUACAGAUCUCUAGACUACCAAGGGAAUACUUUAACAAGACAGGGCCAAUCAAGAGAAGAUCAACCUUGUGAGGAACACCCUCAUCAUGAAGAAGACAACAUUGAAUUGGAAAACUUUUUUGACAGUGAUUCUGACUAAAUAUUUAAGAUAGGAGCUUACUCUUUGUAAUAAAAUGUGGUUUUCAAUUGACAUAAAA